CAGUCUUUUUUAAAUAAUUUUUUCAAAAUAAGAUGGGUUUACAUAAAUAAUUUAAAAUUUUAUGUCUUUAUUCUUCAAUUUUUCUUUCAGGCGUUUUUAUUGGAACAAAUCUUACUGAUUUUGUCCUUUUUCACAAUUGUCUUAACGAAAAAAGCUGCAUCCUCUGAUUUGAUAGAUCGGAACAGAAAAGGCGGAGCCAGACGGAGCAGCCUCUGUAGGUCUCGAUGAGACCGAGCUCUGCCGAUGAGCUGAGGACAGUGAUGACCAGGCGUAGUGGCUGUGAUAGGGACGAAUCUCUACAAAUCUGGCGACGACCAGGAGUAAUGUCUCCGGUGAGGACGCUUCGACUGAAGAUCUCUACAAAUCUAUGGGAUAUAUUUAAUCCCAGUUAGAAGAGAAACCUAUGGCGACUUAAGAUCUCUACAAAUCUGGCGACACUCCAACUGAAGAGUGAAGAUCUAUACAUAUAUGGCGACCCUACUCCGACUGAAUAUCUCCAGAUUUGUAGAGAAGAAGAGAAAUAUAUGAGAUUUAUUUAAUUCCAGUCACAUUUAUUUAUUUGCAGAGAGCCAUUUUACUGGGAUAUUUUCCACGUGUUAAAUAUUCAACGGUCAUGUGCACCACGUCAGCAUAAAUUGGGCUGAAACCAUGAUCCAACACCACGUUUACGUUCUCGUUCGUCAGACGGGGCGCGACCACGCGAUCGCGGAUAGUCCAAUGUAAGAAAUAGCCUGAAGAAGCCGCCUAACAGGCACCUCUGACACAUAUAACAACAUUCCAUAUAAAAACGAUCCCAACAAGGCGACACUUACCAAAUUUGCAUUGAUCCGCUUCCUUCAACACUGCAAUGGCGGCGGCUACCUCUUAUACCUCUACUGCUCGAUUUUCAUCAUUCAAAUUCAAUGCCUUAACCUUAAAAGGCCCAGCUACUCCUGCUGGCGUCAGUUUGGGGUCCCUCUCCUCGAGCUUCAAGCCCUUGAAACCCCUGAGAGCAAGCUGCUGCGUUGGAGGUGGAAAUGGCUCGGCCCUCAGAGUCAGCAUGACAACUGAUUCCGUGAAGGCGAAGCCACUGACUUCGCUGGACUUCGAGACCUCUGUAUUUAAGAAAGAGAAGGUCACCCUUGCCGGUCAUGACGAGUACAUUGUGAGGGGAGGGAGGGAUUUAUUCCCUUUGCUGCCAGAUGCAUUCAAGGGGAUUAAGCAGAUUGGAGUUAUUGGUUGGGGUUCCCAGGGACCUGCUCAAGCCCAGAACUUAAGGGAUUCUCUUGCUGAGGCUAAGUCUGAUGUUAUUGUGAAGAUUGGACUAAGAAAGGGCUCGCGUUCAUUUGCUGAUGCUUGUGCUGCUGGUUUUACUGAAGAAAAUGGGACUUUGGGUGACAUCUGGGAAACUAUUUCUGGAAGUGAUCUUGUGUUGCUGUUGAACUCUGAUGCUGCACAGGCUGAUAACUAUGGAAAAGUAUUCUCCCACAUGAAGCCGAAUAGCAUACUUGGGCUUUCCCAUGGAUUUCUUAUUUGGCAUUUACAGUCAAUAGGACUGGAUUUCCCGAAGAAUAUUAGUGUUAUCACUGUGUGUCCCAUGGGAAUGGGUCCAUCUGUGAGGAGGCUUUACGUUCAAGACAAAGAGAUCAAUGGUGCGGGAAUCAAUGCCAGUUUUGCAGUCCACAAGGAUGUAGAUGGUAGAGCUACAGAUGUCGCCUUGGGGUGGUCAGUGGCCCUUGGUUCUCCUUUUACAUUUGCGACUACAUUGGAGCAGGAGUACAAGAGUGACAUUUUUGGGGAGCGGGGCAUUUUACUUGGUGCUGUUGAUGGAAUUGUGGAAUCAUUAUUCAGAAGAUUCACUGAACAUGGAAUGAGUGAAGAAAUGGCUUACAAGAACACUGUUGAAUGCAUAACGGGAAGUAUAUCAAGGACCAUCUCAACUCAGGGCAUGUUGGCUGUUUACAAUUCGUUGUCAGAAGAAGGGAAGAGGGAUUUUGAGAUUGUGUACAGUGCAUCAUAUUAUCCACUUAUGGACACCUUGUACGAGUGCUAUGAAGAUAUAGCUUGUGGUAGUGAGAUCCGCAGUGUUGUACUAGCCGGACGCCGCUUUUAUGAAAAGGAUGGUCUUCCAGCUUUCCGAAUGCAGAAGAUCGAUGAGACAAGAAUGUGGGAAGUUGGUCAACGAGUCAGAUCAGUACGGCCAGCAGGUGAUCUGGGGCCAUUGUACCCCUUCACAGCUGGAGUCUAUGUGGCGCUAAUGAUGGCUCAGAUUGAGAUCUUAAGAAAGAAAGGCCAUUCAUAUCCUGAGAUCAUCAAUGAGAGUGUGAUCGAGUCGGUGGACUCUUUGAGUCCUUUUAUGCAUGCUCGUGGGCUUUCUUUUAUGGAUGACAACUGCUCAACAACAACAAGAUUGGGAUCGGGGAAGUGGGCUCGACGUUUCGAUUACAUCCUUACUGAACAAGCCUUGGUGGCCGUGGACAAUGGUACCCCUGUUGACGGUUCUCUCAUUAGCAAGUUCUUAUCAGAUCAUGUGCAUGGAGCCAUUGAAGCCAAUGCCCAGUCUAUAUGUUCCGAGCAGAAUAAUGGUGGAAUCGCCUCCAUCUCAAGAUCACUGCCAUACGCGGACAGAGUCAUUGAAAUCCUUAAAAUAGCGAUUUUAUUGGCAAUUUUAUUUUGCUACUAAAUCUCCUUCAGUUUUCUUCGCCAGAAGUGGCUAUAUCCAUAUGUAGGACUCGGAAGAGGCCAAGCCAAGCGGGGGUUCAGGUUUAGGGUUACUCAAAUUUCACAUCCUUCUUAAUUGCGCAGGUAUUCUAUCUAUACUCCUACCUUAGAACGGGUGAGGCAAGAUGGCUUGCCGACACCCUGUUUCUUCUAGGAAUUGCCACUUGGCCAUAGUAACGUAUUUGUAUUUAUAUUUAGCAAAUAAGUUGAUAGAAGACGCUGUAGCACAACGGUUUAGGAGUGGGAACAUUCUAUUUGUAUUUUGUCUUUUUCACAUGCAUGUAAACCAUAUCAAAGCAAACCUGAUGUAUACCCUCUUUCUUGUGAACUUUCAAUUAAUCUAAGCAGAAAUCGCAUGAAAGUUAUGGGAAA